CCCGAGGAGCCGCAGCCUCCGCUCAACCCGCGGGCCGAGACGCCGCCGCGGCAGCUUCCAGCUCCGGAUCGGAUGGAUGUGAGCCUCGGACGAGGGCGAACGCUGUGUUUGUUGCAGGUAAUGCAGGACUUCCAGCAGCCGAGGAAGGACGGGGCAGAGCGAGGCUCAGACACCGAUCCACAGCAGACGUAAACAUUGCCAUGCCCUGCUUCCUGCAGCAGCUCCUGCGCUCCUCCGCUCCCGCACGCUGCGCGCUGCUGUAGAGGACACGCAGGACGAGAACACGGAGCUGCUGUCGAAGGAGAACGUUUUGUGGUGAAGUUGUGUUCGGGAUAGGAGGCUGCUGCUGCGGGCCGCGCUCCGCUCCCUGACUCCGCUGUGUCCGUGUUUUGCGGCCAUGCUGCGGGCAGCAUCCUCAGACCUGUUCCCGACUUGAGCUUCACUGUCUGGAAGAACAAGUUCCCAUCAGCAGAGAGCUCCUUCACAGCAUUUUGCUCUGUUUAUUUUGUUCUCUGGGAGCACUCAGUCUUCUGUGUAACUGUGAGAUAAUGAUCCUUUUUCUUGAGCAGUCUGGACUUUAGUUGCUGCCUCAGACUGAGCGGCUUCACAAAGAGCCGAUCAGCUGCUGACACGUUCAUGAGCAGACGGUCCAGAACAUUAACCAGACCUGCCCCGGUGGGACCAGCCUUGUUAUUGUCACAGUUCACUUUAAGGCUUCACCAUGGGUGCCAAGCAGACCAAAGGCCAGGAGCCUGCGGGGGCCAGUCCUCAGCACAGCUGGAAGCGGACCCCCACCAAGGAGCGAGGGGACAUCUUGGCCUCUCUCAUGCUGAAGUCCGGGGACCGGCUGAGUCGUGGCGGGACGCCGCCGCCCUACCAGCGCCGGAUCGGCAUGAUCCAGGAGAUGAUGCUGAUGGCCAAGCAGGGCAAACAGGACGAGGCCACAGAGAUGCUGAAGACGCUCCGACAGGACCUGGGCAUGGAGUCAACAUCUCUGGAUGACGUGUUGUACCGCUACGCCAGCUUCAGGAACCUCGUUGAUCCCAUCACACACGACCUGAUUAUCAGCCUGGCACGAUACGUCCACUGCCCCAAGACGGAGGGAGACUCUCUCGGGGCGAUGGAGAAGGUCUGUCGUCAGCUGACCUACCAUCUCAGCCCGCACUCUCAGUGGAGGAGACAGGGCCUCCUGAAGAGGAAACCUCAGGCCUGUCUGAAGGCGGUGCUGUCGGCCCCUCUCUCCAGCGGGGCCUUGGAUCUCUCCGGCAUCCCUCUGACGGCUCGGGACAUGGAGCGUCUGGGCGCACACCUGCAGCGCCACGCGUCCACCGUGGUCAGCUUGGAGCUGGGCUUCACCGAGCUCACGGAUGAGGCUUUCCUCCUGCUCCUGCCCACGCUGGCUGUCCUCCCACAUCUGGAGACUCUGGCUCUGAACGGAAACAGGCUGACCAGGACGAUUCUGAAGGAGCUGACUGAUGCCCUGAAGGAUCCGGGCAGCUUCCCGAGCGUGACCUGGAUCGACCUGGGCAACAAUGUGGACAUCUUCUCCCUGCCGCAGCCCUUCCUGGUCAGCCUGAGGAAGCGCUGUCCCAAGCAGGGCAACCUGCCCACCAUCCUGGAGUUCGGAGAGAGCCAGGCCAGCGACCCUCCCGAACGGCUGAGGGGACUCGGGGAGGAGGAGGAGACGGACGACACCAACCGGACUGAGAGCAUGGGCGAGCUCCGGUCGGAGGUGGAGGAGGAGCUGGACGGAGAGAUGGAGAUAGAGGAGAUGAUGGAGGAGCUGCUGGACUUUGACAGGGAGGUGCAGGGGAAGGAGGACGAGGAGGAGAGCAUGUGGACGGUGGGGGAGCAGAGGAAGGCAGCGGGGAGGAGGAGGGGGAGGCGAGUGGAAGAGGAGGACGAGGAGGAGGAGGAGAAGGAGGUGGUGAGGAGAGUGCAGCGGCUGGGGAGGAGGCCGGUGAUGGCGGAGGACGAUGACGACACGCAGAGCCGCUCCUCCCACCUGUCCUACUCCAGCCAAUCGCAGCACUCCUCUGGAGCUGUUGAGCCAAUGAGAGUGGAGGAGGACGACCUGAGCGACCAGUCAGACCACUUGACCUGAUGGCUGCUCCCCGCUCUGCUUAUAUUUCCUUUCCUGUGUCGAGUCCUGUGUGGAAGGAGGCGAGAAAAGACUGAGUGCGCCUCCAGAGGCUGCAGUGCUGCAUGUAGCCCGUAACAUGGCACUGGACACUCUGAGCUGUGAGCAGCCGCCGCGGCCUUCAGACGCUGACAGUGACCACUGAACCCAGCUGACUGGAUCCCCAACAGGACGUGUGUUUGAUCAGAACUGUCUGUUGUUUCAAAGAGACUGAGGGUACAUAGAGUAGACAUUAUAUCACAUGAGGCUUUUAUGUAUAGAAUGUUGAUCCUUAUUCAGGUCCUUCCUCCUUGUAAUCCUGGUAAUACCUACAUGUGCCUGUAGCACAUCCCGUUACUGGUUAACCGUGUGCUGCUGCUGCUGCUGCUGCUGCUGCGAGCCAAACUGAGAGCAGAAAAUAAAGAGAUGCACAUAAACUAGUCAGGGCCCUUCAACCUCACAAAAUGUUUUUUGCCAAAAACUAGCAGUGUAAAAUGUCUCCCUCCCACAUUAGCUUGCCAGAUGGAUCAGAAGACAGGCAGGAAUCACAAGUCAAGCCAUUUGUGGAAAUCGGUUAAGAAAUGAACAGAUGCACCGGGUUGGCAGAGGUGGAGGCGAGGAGAGGAGGCCUGAUGAUUGUCAGAAGAGCAGGCUGGUGUUGAUGUACAGCAGAUAGAUGUGAUAAUGUCACUUCAUGUGUCCCAAAGCAAAGUGCUGAAAUAUUUAGUAGCCUUUCUUUCCUCAUAAUCCAGGCCAUGUUUCACGGUGCUGUGCACUCACAUGCUUACAGUGCUGUGUUUACAUAUAUAUCAGCUAUGAUCGCAUUCACAUACGCUGUCCACCGGACUGUUACAGCGAAUUAUAUCCUUAUGCAGUAUGUAGCUCGUGCUUUCCCUCCAUGUGUCCCUUAGAGUCUGUGCAAAGCUUUAACAAAUAAACUGUAUUUUUGGAUGUACAGUAUAUAUAUAUAUAAACAAUAUAUUAUUUAAUGUGUCCAGGGGCGAUUGUUUAGAUUAGCAACUUAAAGAGGAAUACCACUGAAUUCAAGUAUUCAUAUUUAUGUUUUUUGUGGUGUAGAGUAGCAGUUUAAAUGUACCUGAGUAACUGGUAGAAGCUGGAUAAGAGCUGAACCAGACUCUUAGUUUGUUGUAUUAUAAAAAUGCCUGAGGUGUAAAGGUUUGAUUGUCAUGGAAAGGAAGACUUUGUGGAGACACAGAAGAAAGCCUCCCGCUGAAGCAGCCACUCAUUGAUAAAUGCAAAUAUAUUUAUUUUCCAGACGGUUGCCCCGGGCGAUAAUACAUUCACCUGUUAAUGUGUGUGGAAUAAAAAUGAAAGCUUUUUGUGAUGUGCA